AUGCCUAUUUACAGAGUUCCUGCAAGAGUUCCCUCUGAGGCACGAUGUACUGUCACUUUGCAGAAGACCUCUUCACAGAAUACCUUUACCAGCAGCAAAGCAUCUGGGCAGCAACUGAAAUCACAGGUGUCGGGAGAAGAAAAGGAUAGUCUACUUUCAUGUUCUCAGAAUAAGACCGAGGAUGUGAACAGGACCUAUGUGAUUUCAGCCUGUAAAAGAGUGAUUGACACAUCAAGUACAUUUAAACCUGAAGGCAGAUUAACACUCCAGAGGAGAACUGGGCUAAGCAAAAAAUCAGUGUCCAGUAGUGAACAAUUGCAUACAAACAUGACACAGGGCACGGAAAAUACACAAACGGAGAAAAAACGUACUCUGCAGAGGCGUCUGAGGACUGGCUCCAUAGAGGAGAGUAAAAUUAAUCGGGAUACAGUGCCUGGAUUAGAAAGUAAUGAGGCUGUUGUACAAAGAAGUUACAAGAUUGCCCUUCCACCAAAUACUACUGAUAAUGAUGCCCGUGUUGUUAAACCAAGCUUGAAGUUAGCUGACGGUCAGUCAAGUACAAAGUUGUGGUGUAACCUGAACAGUAAGGAUUCCUCUUGCUUAGUUGCUGGUCUGUGUGAAAAUGAUAGCUGCGUGCAUUUAAAACAUGGAACAAGCACUGCUGACACAAAAUUUCAAAAUGAAGUUCCUAAAUCGGAGCGAUUAGUUACGUCAAAAUAUAUUAAUAGGGUAUCAGGGGAACAACUGAAUGAAAAAGGUGAUUUAAAUAAGCUGGCUGGAAAGCAAAGACUUCAACACUUAGUUAUAAAACAUAACUGUUUGGGAAGACCAGGGACACCAGCAAAAAGUUCAACAGAAGGGCUUAAGCUUACACCAAAGAACAGAACUUCUCAGGAUCAACCAUCUCUGUCCACUUCAAAUAAACAAACACCUCAUCUCCAAAUUCUAGCCAAAAAGAAAAACAGUGUCUCCAGCUCUCCUUCUGCAAGUAGAAGUUCAAAACCAAAGGAGAGCACAGAAACUGCAACUGACAGCAGUAGCACCAAGAAAGAUGGUUUUAAAGUGGAGAGCAGCAAAGUGAUUGUAGCUGUGCGUGUACGACCUUUCAGUAACAGAGAGAAAAAUGAAAACUCGCUCCCUGUAAUCUCCAUGAGUGGUUCUGAGACAGCCAUACAAAAUCCAGCCACAAACCAAGUUUACAGCUUCAUUUACAGCUUCAGUUACGACUUCUCUUUCUGGUCUUUUGACAAGAGUCAUCCUAAUUUUGCAAGCCAAGAAAUUAUUUAUAAAACUUUGGCAGUGCCACUUUUAGAAAGAGCUUUUGAGGGAUAUAACACCUGUCUUUUUGCUUAUGGGCAGACUGGUUCUGGAAAAUCAUACACGAUGAUGGGAUUUGAUGAAGACCAAGGGAUAAUUCCAAGGCUUUGUGAAGAUAUUUUCACUCAAAUAGCACAAAUGGACAAGCAACAGGUUUUGUAUCAUCUUGAAAUGAGCUUUUUUGAAGUAUACAAUGAGAAAAUUCAUGAUUUGCUUGUCUUUAAAGCUGAAAGUGGACAGAAGAGACAACCACUUCGUGUAAGAGAACAUCCAGUGUUAGGACCGUAUGUGGAAGGCCUGACAGUGAAUGUUGUCAGUUCUUACUCUGAUGUCCAGAGUUGGCUUGAACUAGGAAAUAAGCAGAGAGCAACAGCUGCCACAGUAAUGAAUGACAAGAGCUCUAGAUCUCAUUCAGUCUUCACCCUUGUCAUGACCCAAACCAAGGUAGAAUUUGUGGAUGAAGAACAAUGUGAUCAUAGGCUUACCAGUCACAUAAAUCUAAUUGAUCUAGCUGGCAGUGAAUGCUGCUCAACAGCUCAGACCACUGGAGAAAGGCUGAAGGAAGGUGCAAGUAUCAAUAAAUCACUGUUAACCCUUGGAAAGGUUAUUUCUGCACUCUCUAAACAAUCUCAAAAUGGAAAGAAAACUUUUAUUCCUUACCGGGAAUCUGUCCUUACUUGGUUGUUAAAGGAAAGUCUGGGUGGAAAUUCACAAACUGCUAUGAUUGCCACAGUAAGUCCAGCUGCCAGCAGUACAGAAGAAACACUCAGUACUCUUCGCUAUGCAAAACAAGCUUGUUCAAUUAUCAAUAUUGCUAAAGUAAAUGAAGAUGUGAAUGCCAAGCUAAUCAAAGAACUGAAAGCUGAAAUUGAAAAACUGAAGGCAGCUCAGAAAAGCACUCUGAACACUGAUCCUGAAAAAUACAGACGUUAUUUGCAGGAAAUAACAUCUCUCAGGAUAAAAUUGCACCAGCAGGAGAGGGACAUGGCAGAAAUGCAAAGGGCCUGGAAAGAAAAAUUUGAACAAGCAGAAAAAAGGAAAUUAGAAGAUAUAAAAGAAUUGCAGAAAGCAGGAAUUGCAUUCAAAAUGGACAAUCAUUUACCAAACCUUGUCAACCUCAAUGAAGAUCCUCAGCUUUCUGAGGUGCUGUUGUAUAUGUUAAAAGAAGGAGAAACUUCAGUUGGAAGGUAUACACCAAAUUCAAAACAUGAUAUCCAGCUUUCCGGAGUGCUAAUAGCUGAUGACCACUGUGUUAUAAAAAAUACUGUUGGCAAAGUGAGUAUUAUUCCACUGAAAGAAGCAAAGACAUAUGUAAAUGGAAAGUGCAUUUUAGAACCAACAGUUCUGCAUCAUGGUGAUCGAGUGAUCCUUGGAGGAGACCAUUAUUUCAGGUUUAAUCAUCCAGUAGAAGUUCAGAAACUUGAAAGGCCAUCUUGUGGAAUUACAAUUUUGCAUGAUGGUCCAAAAGAUUUUGAAUUUGCAAAGAAUGAGCUGCUUAUUGCACAGAGAACACAGCUUGAAUCAGAGAUUGAAGAGGCACGACUCAAAGCAAAGGAAGAAAUGAUGCAAAGUGUCCAAAUUGCAAAGGAGAUGGUUCAGCAAGAACUGACCUCACAAAAAGAAGCUUAUGAAAGCAAAAUAAAAUCACUGGAAGCAGAGGUGAGAGAAGAAUCUCGUAAGAAGCAAAUCCAAGAACUGAAUAAUCAAAAAGCUGCAACUAAAAUACAGGAACUAGAGAAGGCAAAGCAAAAUCUUGAGCUAGAACUACACUUCAAUAAGAAGCGUUUAGAAAUGGAGACCUUAGCUACCAAGCAGGCUCUAGAAGAUCAUACUAUUCGUCAUACAAAAAUACUUGAAGCUCUGGAAGCUGAGAAGCAGAAGAUUGCUGAAGAAAUACAUACCCUUCAGAGGAAUCGUGGAAGUGGGAAUAAAACUAUGACUAUUCCACUUAACUGGAAUUCUCUGAAGCUAUCUGUGAUGAUCAAAGAGGCCAACACCAUUAGUAAAGAAUUAGGGAAAAACACUAUUUUCUACAGGCAUGACAAAAUUGAUGAAAGAACAGGAACAGUAUCUUCUGUUCAGGUGCAGGUUCGUAACAUCAAACUGGGAAUAGCAACUUUCUGGAGCCUGGAGAAAUUUGAAUGCAAACUAGCAGCAAUGAAAGAACUCUACGAG